AUGGCGGCACCUUUCACGUUGAGGAAGAUCGGAGUUCCACCGAACUCAGCGAACUUGACGGAAGCUCGACGCCGUGUAUUCGAUUUCUUCAGAGCUGCGUGUAGAUCAAUCCCUACCGUCAUGGACAUUUACAAUCUCCAAGAUGUUGUAGCGCCUUCUCAGCUUCGGUUCGCGAUCUCUGCUCAGAUUCGGAAUAACGCUCACGUCACCGAUCCUAAGGUGAUUGAUCUUCUUCUGUUCAAGGGAAUGGAAGAGCUGACUGACAUAGUGGAUCACGCAAAGCAGCGUCACCACAUCAUCGGUCAAUACGUCGUCGGUGAAGGUCUCGUGCAGAAUACCGGAAGUAAGGAUCAAGGAAAAUCUGAUUUUCUCAAGAAUUUCUACACCAGCAACUACUUUUGA